AUGAGCGUACCUCGCUUUGCCGUCGUCAAACUUAAAGAGGGAACCGACACGGUGGAGUUGUACUCAAUUCUUGUAAAACACGGGUAUUUGGAAGUGUCAUUUGUGGAGAAACUCCGUGACGCUCCACAAUAUGAAGAGACAAAUGAUAAUAAGAGCACAUCUAAAAGGAAACGAAACGAAAAUGGGCCAAUCUCCGAAUCGAACAGUCCGUCCACCGAGAAACAUCCCUUUUUAUCAAACGCGUUAAAAGUUGGAGAUUGUUUAAAAGCAAUUCUCGAAACAUCAAAGAAAGCCAAUUCUUCAAAGAACAAGCCGAACGGAAAUGGAAAAUCGAUCUCACAGUCACUUCGGAACGAUUUAGUUAAGCAGGAAACCGAUGAGGUAGAAGCAUCCUCUUCGUCAACUUCUACAUAUGCUGAUGAUUUUCAUUCUGAGACAUCACCAAAGGCCACUGCAACCAUUAUUGAGAAAAAUUUUAACACAGAAAAUGAGCAAUUACUUCUACUUGAGUUGAAUAAAGUUUUUCAAGAAAGCAAGAAUAAUCAAAAUGAUGGUCUUCAAGUGAAAUCACCUCUUAAUUGUUCAUCGUCUGAAGAAGAACCUGUCGAGUGUCAGAAAUGUCAUGUAAAAUUAAAGAUCUCAAGAAUGCAUUGUAUUCGCUACCAUCUGGCAAUGCAUUGGAAACAAAAGCAAUUCAGUUGUUCUAAAUGUGCUCAUUCUUCUCAUUUAAAUGGUAAUGUGAAAAUUCACAUCAAAAGCAAUCACCCUGAUGGAGCUGAUGUAUUAGAAAACAUAACAGACGAAAUGGUUGAGGGAUGGUGUCAAUUUGCCUUUGAAUGUUUCCCUCAACAUGCAGAUAAAGUUGUGCGGUUAUUGAAGCAACGACACAAUGAGAGGAAAAAUCUCAACAAGAAACGCGUCGAUCAUGAUCUGCUUGAAGCCAUCAAUAAAUUGGCUCCAACUUUCAUGUCGAGUAUUGAUGAUGAUGGAUCGAGGGGUGAAGAAAGAGAUGAGGUCGAAUCACAAUCAGAUGACACUCACACUGAUCCCCAUCACAACUCACCAAAUACCUCUUUUUCUUCAUCAUUUUCCGAACAAACCACCAUCCCAUCUUCACUCAUGCAACAUCUCAGAGCUGUU